AUGGGUUUGUUCAGCCGGUUAACUAAACGCUUCGCGUCAAAAAAGCAACAGAAUGGGCGGGAGGAAAGUGCUUCUUCCUUGCUUUCUCGGACGUCGACAAUUCAGAGUCGCACGCAGGAUUUGGUCUGCCAGCGGUCGCUGUCGCCGUACAUAGGCUCCCGCGACCUUGGCGCGGUGCCAUCACGACCCUCGGCCGUCGCUGCGAAUUGGGGGUGUAUCGAGUACGACAACGGCUCGGAGUACCUGGGCUGGACGCUCGAGGGCAGGCGUGACGGCCCCGGUAAGAUCCACAACGGCGAGAUGGUGUACGACGGCCAGUGGCAGUGCGACCUGCCUCACGGGAGCGGCCUGUUCGCCAACGGCGACGAGACCAUCUACGAGGGGAACUGGGAGAACGGGCUGCCUCAUGGCCACGGCGUGGCGCUGUUCCCCGAUGGUUUCACGUACGUCGGAGAGUGGAGCGACGGCGUGCCAUGCGGCGAGGGUAAGCUGGUAGCGGAUGAAGGGAGGGUGUACUCUGGGACCUUUUCCAACGGCCUCCCGAACGGCGAAGGCGUUUUGGUAACCUACAACGGCGUGCGUGUCAUGUGCCACUUCGACGACGGCGUGCCGUUCGGACUGGGCGAGAUAGAAUGGCCCAACGGCAUGCGCUACGUGGGCACCAUAAUCGAGGGCCUCCCGCAUGGCCUGGGUCGUCUGACCGACGAGUCGUCGGUGACGCUGGGUCUGUGGAAGUGCGGAGUGCUGGAAACGCGCCUGAAGGCGCACGAGGCGCUGCCGGACGCUCUGAGAGACGACCCCGCCGUGAGCUACCUGGCUUCGCACUAG